AUGAUCUUACAGUUUGUAAACUUUGAUGAAUUUACCAAAACUGGAACGACUCACUUCGGUAACUGUUACCUGGCUGAAACUUGUGCCCUGGAUGUCCUUCAUCCACAAUUACGUGAGAUCUUGGAGUCAAGUGAUGACGAGCGGGAAGAAGAGAUCAGUGGUGUGAGUGACCAUGAAAUUUUCAGUGAUAAACCAGAAGUUUCAGAAAGGAGAUUGAUGCGUUCGACUGACCAAUUGAAAGUACCGUAUUUUCAACCGAUUGAUAAUGGCAAAUUGCUGUCGAUUAUUGAAGACAAUGUAUCAAAGUGCAAACAAGGCAGGAUGAAAAAAGCCGAUAUUCUUAGCCAGCACAAAGAUACGCUGUUGUGUGUUAUGCGUCAGGCUGUCAAACUGGCACGUGAAAACAGUUAUGAUUCGGGUGAGCUCUUUGCUAACCUGGUUAAGUCUGUGGAGGACAGCCAAGACAUUUUGAGUUGCACUGAUAUUAUCAUCUCACUAAUGGAUAUUGCUGUAGAGCGUCUUCGCGACGAUGAUUCUAUUGACUGUUAUAAUAGUGGAGAAGUGGAGGCAUUUCGAAACAGGAAAAACUUAAGUAGGUUAAAGGCGGUCGAAAUGAAAUACGAAAAAAUGCAAUUGGAGGCUGAUGGGAGGAGAGAAUGGGAGGAAUCAGAAAUGUUGAAGAAAGCUUUGGAAACGUCUUUUCUCCCACGGGACCUUGUCAUAAAAGAUUUUGAAGAAAGACGUAAAAUACAGCAGCUAUAUAGAUACAAAGACGACUUACAACUGGAUAAACUUAGGUACGCUGCAAGUAGAAAACAAAAUGACAUUGCUGUUAGGGAACCUGUUAUUACUGCAGUUUCUUUCCCGGCUGUUUGUGUAUCUUCGGAGGGCCCCUCGAAACCAGCAGUUUCUUGCGACGAGUCAUCCAGCUCUGUUUUUAUGCAUGUCGAUGAUGAAUUUGUUUUAGAGAAUCCUUUUGAGGGUCUUUCUGGCUUACUGGCAUUUGGGGAUCGCUCUUCUGAGAUUCCCAAAAAAAUACGUCUAAUAGCUCCAAAUGUUAGUAACAUGGAGUCUUUUGCAUCACCUUCUGAAGACGUAAAGGAGUUACGGGUUAGGGAAACUUCACAGAAGCGGGGAAGUAUUAGUUCUGAAAUUGCCUGUUCAUCGGUAUCUGCGUCAUCAGGUAUAAAAAAUGAACGAGAUUGUGGCUCUAUAUCAAGGGUUAAGGGUUUUGGAGACUUGCCAAAAUCUGACGAGGAAGGGUUAUCUCCUUCCCGGAGCAUCCCAAACAGUGCACGUUAUGAAAAUCUUUCAUUUGCGAAAAUCAAAAAACGUAAAUGUGAGGGCAGAGAACUGGAUUCUCCGUUGAAAGGUAUUCUCCGAAAAAAUAUUUGUCAUGGAGUUGCGGGAACGGCCGCUUCAACAAGUGUUGCAAAUCCAGAGCAGAAACGGAGAUUGCGGUUUCUCGAUGAGGUGAGGUGCAAGUAUAUCUCAAAAAAAUACGACUCUUCUGUGGAAAGUACAAAAUCAGAUCUUGGGACUUUAAGAAACGCUGAUGAAAAGGAAGAAGAUAAUUUCAUUCACUCUUUUCUUUGGAAUAGGUGCUCCAGUGGCAAUCUUCAGGAAUGGUUCACAUCGAGGUGGUUAAUUGUGGAUUCAUUUUUUAAUGUUUUCGAUGAAAAAGCUUUUGAAAUCUCGGCCAGUCCUCUAGAAGUUCCAAGGCUAUACCCGAGAACGAAACUCACUAGAGUCUCUGAGAAGCAUUUGAUUCCCAGCUUCCUCCAACGAGCAAUACGAAGUGUAACAAUGGAAGUGCAGAGCCUUUGCAUUCUUAUAGCAGUUGGAAAUGAUUGGUUAAGAAAGCGUCAAACUGCGGGACAGUUUUUGGAAGUGAUAAAGUGUUUUGCGGAACAACUCUAUUACCUUUUCUGGCAGUGGUAUUCUGCGAAAUCUACUCGUACUGACCCUAACCUCCUUGAUCCUUGUCAUUGUUCUGGUGGUUCUUGUGACUGCACACGUUUGUUCGGACAUGCAGAAAUGCCUCGUCUUGUCGUACUAGAAACUCCUCCCGAUGGCCGGAUAAAUCAUCGCUGUGUUAUUGAAUUUAAUGCAGAGGUCAAAAAACUAAUUGGGGGCCUUAAUAAGCAUCUGGAGUCAGCCUAUAGAAAGAGCGAAAGUGGGGACCAAACGAUACAAGUUGAAUUUUUUGAAUGGGUUUCUAGUUGCCAAGUCAGUGAAGGAAUGGCAAACUCGUGUGUACUAGAAAGGCUUAUGGAGCAUUUAAGCUUUAACUAUGGACUAGUCAUGGCCAAAGAUGACAGCUUGAACCGUGUUUACUACUUGCUUUUACUUUUUGCUCCUCUGUUUGUCUUACUUUGUAAAGGAUGGGUUAUAAAAGUGGAAUUUGCUGAAAGAAAGAAGGCCUUCCGGGAUGCGUGCGUUAUGUACUUUAACGCGGAUCCUGUUAAUUUAGGCGGACCGGGUGAAACUUUCGAGGUGGGUAACAGUAAGCGCUUUAUUGUUGCAAUUGAGCAGAGAGAUGUUGAUACCCUUGUACCGCUUGUCCGACAGUUCGUCUUCCCAGGUAGUACUAUUAUGUCAGAUAAGUGUGUAGCUUAUAACGGCAUUCAAGUCUUGCCUGAAAGAUAUCAGCAUCUUACGGUAAAUCGCAAGUUGCACUUUAUUGAUCUUCGCAGUGAGGUCUGCAUGAAAACCAUUGAGUUGUUUUGGCAAAAAUUUAAAGAGAAGCAUAAGGAACAGUAUGGGAUUUUACGGACCUUUUUGGAUUGCUAUCUUGCAGUUUAUGUGGAAGAAGCUUUUUAA